GACUCUGAGGUUAACUGACAGUAUUGUUUCUGAGACUGAGUGUAAAUUUGUACCUGAACUGUAUCAUUGCCUGUAUUUAAUUGUUAUUUACCUUAUGGCUUCAUAGCACUCAAUGUCUUAUGUACAGUUACUAGUACUUAAUGGGGACAGAGAUAGAGGCAGUGAACUGCAAGGCCAAAUGUGAGCCUAAACAAGAUUUUUAUAAGAGUCAACUUAAACAAGUGAGAACAUUCUAUGAUACCAGAAUGAACUGUGGACCACAAACUGUGCACACGAGCACACAAUUGAUACAGAUAUACAUGCACCAAGUGGAGAAGAGAUGGAUAGUAAUGGAAUACAGGAAGAAGCAGGGAUUUAGCUCUGGACCCAGGCAACCCGGCAUCAUGAGCACCCAGAUGAAAAACCCAUUUGACUCCAAGGAGUUUCUAAAGAAGAGAACUUACAGCAAUGACAAUUCUUUUGCAUUUGUUGUGUUUGGGGCAUCGGGAGAUCUUGCAAAAAAGAAAAUUUACCCAACACUCUGGGCUUUAUUCAGAGAUGACCUUCUCCCCAGCAAUACAUAUUUUAUAGGCUAUGCAAGGUCCAAACUCACAGUGGAUGCUAUAAGGGAAAAGGCAGAGCCACAUAUGAAGGUUGCUGACAGUGAAAGAGAAAAGGCAGCAGCAUUCUGGGAGAUGAAUUCAUAUGUAGCAGGCUCAUAUGACAAAGCAGACGAUUUUGUCAAACUUGACGAAGCCAUUAAGGCCACUGAGAUAAGUGCCCCUGCCAACAGAUUGUUCUACCUGGCUCUCCCACCCAGUGUGUUUGCUGAUGUCACCAGACUAGUGAAGGAGAAGUGUAUGGCUCAUGAUGGAGCUUGGAGCCGUGUGAUCAUAGAGAAACCAUUUGGCAAGGAUCUGGAGAGCUCGGACAAACUGUCUAAUCACGUGUCUUCUUUGUUCACGGAAGAUCAGAUCUACAGAAUAGACCAUUAUCUUGGGAAGGAAAUGGUGCAGAAUCUCAUGGUUCUCCGGUUUGGCAAUCGCAUAUUUGGCCCACUUUGGAACAGGGAUAAUGUCUCGGCUGUGGUGAUCUCGUUCAAGGAACCAUUUGGUACACAGGGAAGAGGAGGGUAUUUUGAUGAGUUUGGAAUUAUAAGAGAUGUGAUGCAGAACCACCUUCUCCAGAUUCUGUGUCUUACUGCCAUGGAGAAACCAGCCACCACCAAUGCUGAAGAUAUUAGAGAUGAAAAGGUGAAGGUGCUAAGGAGCAUUUCUAAAAUCAAGAUGGAGGAUGUGGUUCUAGGCCAGUAUGUAGGUGAUCCCAAUGGUGAGGGUGACGCCAAGCUGGGGUAUCUGGACGACCCCACCGUACCCAAAGGAUCCAGGACCCCCACCUAUGCUGUGGCAGUGCUGUAUGUGAGAAAUGAGAGGUGGGAUGGAGUUCCUUUCAUUAUAAGGUGUGGCAAAGCCCUCAAUGAAAGAAAAGCAGAGCUUCGCGUGCAAUUCAGGGAUGUCCCUGGAGACAUAUUUAAUGGGGCCACUCAGAGAAAUGAACUGGUUCUCAGAGUCCAGCCAAAUGAGGCAGUAUACAUGAAGAUGAUGACCAAGAAACCUGGGAUUGGCUUUGAGUGUGAGGAGACAGAGCUGGACUUGACAUACGGAAGUAGAUAUAAGGAUGCCAAGCUACCAGAUGCAUACGAGCGCCUGAUUCUAGAUGUCUUCCAUGGCAGCCAGAUUAAUUUUGUCCGUUCUGAUGAAUUAGCUGCGGCAUGGAAGAUAUUUACUCCAUUGCUGCACACUAUUGAGAGGCAGAAACAGAAGCCCAUUGAUUAUGUUUAUGGAAGCCGUGGACCUGCAGAAGGUGAUGCCCUCUGUCAGAGAGUAGGUUUUAGAUACAGUGGGACUUACAAAUGGGUGCCGCCAUCGCCACUCUGAUGAACAAUUUAUCAUUUGGCCUGAAUUUUUUAUUUAUUGAUAUGUUGAGCUUAACAUGAUAGCACUCUAAAUGCCAGUAUCUUUCUUUUGUCAUACUUCCUAAAAAUAUGUAAAAACUGAUGAGAAAGAUUAUUUUUUCGAAAGAAAAGACAUUUUAUAAAUGUGUAGGUUGGCAACAGUGAGGGCAAACUGUACAUAUCAGUGCACUUAGAAUCUCUGAUCAGAAACGCACAUUUUGGAGGGGAAUCAACAGUAGCAGUCAUGGUCAUUGAAACUAUCAUCUGAUCCAUAAGAACAAUCCAUAAGAUUUAAGUAAGUCAACUGACUAAGUUUUACUAAAAUAUUAAUAGAUAAUUCAAAAAGUUGAAACAGAAAAAAGAAAGUGUAAAUACAACAUGCAAA